AUGUCCAAGACUACACUCGCUACCAUGGCCUGCCUCGGCGCAGGAGGCGGUGCUGCUAUCACUGCCGCAGUCUACUCCAUUCGAGGUGGUAAACGCGUCGAGGAGACCAACACGCUGGCUACACCUCCUCCAACCACCAACUCCUUCGCCUCCCUUCCUGCUCCCACCGCAUCGCCCUCCAUUCCUCCCACCCAAGUCUUUGGCCCUCCCGUCGGUGCCCCUCCUUCCAGCACCCCCGUCGACAUCAACGCCAUAGUCAACCCCGCCGGCCUCUUCGAAUACGGUUUCCCUGGCCCCGUCGCCGAUGUCGCCAACCGCUCUGGCCUCGUAUCCUCCUACGACCGUCGCCUGCGAAACCCUCACUGGGUCGUCGAACACAUCACUCCUCAGUCUCUCGCCAUUCGAGAGGGUGAUCGAAAGCACAGCAAUUUUGUCGAGGAUGACUCUGUCCCGCAAAAGUUCCGUGCAGGUCUGAAGGACUACUACCGCAGUGGCUUCGACCGUGGUCACCAGGUUCCUGCCGCUGACUGCAAGUGGUCCCAAAAGGCUAUGGACGACACUUUUUACCUCUCAAACAUGUGCCCUCAAGUCGGCGAGGGUUUCAACCGUGACUACUGGGCGCACUUUGAGGAUUUCUGCCGUCGUUUGACCGUCAAGUACCCCUCUGUUCGCAUCGUCACAGGCCCUCUGUACCUCCCCAAGAAGGAAGCCGACGGCAAGUGGUAUGUCAAGUAUGAGAUGAUUGGAAGCCCGCCUUCUGUUGCUGUGCCCACGCAUUUCUAUAAGGUGAUUUUUGCCGAGGACGGUCGUGCUGGUGGAAACGUUGCCCUGGGCGCUUUCGUCCUCCCCAACGCACCUAUCCCCAACUCCAAGCCCAUUGGCGAUUUCGAGGUUCCUCUCGAGGCUGUUGAGCGCGCGAGUGGACUUGAGUUUGCUACCAAGCUUCCUCCUCAGCGAAGACGCCGUCUGUGUGCUGACCACACAUGUGCUUUGGUUAUCAAGGAAUACGCGGAAAGACAAAAAGCUUUCCCCAAGAAGUAA